AUGAGGUCAGUGGCAGGGCGAAAUGAGGUUCUAGCUUGGGAAACCCCACCCCCGUCCUCCAGCUCUACAUUGCCAGGGAAUGCUGUGAUUGGCAGAGGGGAGGAGGUACAUCUGGUUUUGGAUGUAUUUGAGAUGACUGUAAAGCGGAGGCUGGACCUGGAAACUGACCAUCAAUACCUGGCUGAGAGCAGCGGGCUAGCCCGGGGCAGAGGCCGCCACCCAGGAAAAGGUGUGAAAUCCCCAGGGGAGAAGUCGCGCUAUGAGACAUCCCUGAAUCUGACCACCAAACGCUUCCUGGAGCUGCUGAGCCGCUCAGCUGAUGGUGUUGUCGAUCUGAACUGGGCAGCUGAGGUGCUGAAGGUGCAGAAACGGCGCAUCUACGACAUCACCAAUGUCCUGGAGGGCAUUCAGCUCAUCGCCAAGAAAUCCAAGAACCACAUCCAGUGGCUGGGCAAUCAUGCCACGGUAGGUAUUGGUGGGCAGCUUGAAGGACUGACCAAGGACCUACAGCAACUGCAGGAGAAUGAGCGGCAGCUAGACCACCUGAUCCACGUCUGUACCACUCAACUUCAGCUGCUCUCUGAGGAUGCCGACAGCCAACGCCUGGCCUACGUGACUUGCCAAGAUCUUCGUAGCAUUGCAGACCCUGCAGAGCAGAUGGUCAUGGUGAUCAAGGCCCCUCCUGAGACCCAGCUUCAAGCCAUGGACUCCUCAGAGGCCUUUCAGAUCUCCCUUAAGAGCAAACAAGGCCCCAUCGAUGUUUUCCUGUGCCCUGAGGAGAGUGCAGGUGGGAUCAGCCCUAGGAAGACCCCGUCCCAAGGGGCAGCUUCUGGGGAGGAGGACCGGGCAGCUGAUCCUACCACUACAGUGCCACCACCAUCAUCUCUCCCCUCAACCCCUGACAUGGAUCCCAGCCAGCCCCUGCUCAGCCUGGAACAAGAACCUCUGCUUUCCCGGAUGGGUGGCCUGCGGGCUGCCAUGGAUGAAGACCACCUGUCUCCACUGGUGGCAGCCGACUCACUCCUGGAGCAUGUGCGGGAGGACUUCUCCAGCCUCCUCCCUGAGGAGUUCAUCAGCCUGUCUCCUCCGCAUGGGGCCCUCGACUACCACUUUGGCCUUGAGGAGGGCGAGGGCAUCAAAGACCUCUUCGACUGUGACUUUGGGGACCUCACCCCCCUGGAUUUCUGACAGGGCUUAUGGGGACCAGGGCCUCCUGAGAUGCCCGCCCUGUGUCUGCAGUCCUGGAGCCCCCUGCUCCUGGCCAUGCUCCCAGCCUGAUUGGAAAUGUUUAAUUUAUACCCCUUUCCUCUAUCUCCAGAAGCUUAUAGCUCUGGAGUCUGGCUGUUGCCAAGAGGCUGAGCAAGCCAGAAAGGGAAGGAUUCUGUUUGUGGUGUGUAUGUGCAUGCACCCAAUACCCAACGUGUGUACACGGGGUGAGUGGUGUAUGGGCAUGUGUGUGUGCAUGUACCGGGGAAUGAAGGUGAACACAUCUGAGCGUGCAUUGAAAACACGCCCCAGUGUGUCCACGUGUGUGCAUGAGUCCAUGUGUGUGUAUGGUGGGGGCUCUAACUGCACUUUUGGUCUCCUUGCUCCAGGGGCCCCACAAGGCCCAGGGUGGCCACCUGCCCCCAGAAUCCUGCGUGCUGACCAGGCCAGGUAGUGAGGCCUUGGCCUGUUUGUUUGCAGGACAGCAAGAGCACUUCUGUCGUCUUAAAGGUUUUUCUGACUGAAGCUUUAAUGGAGCGUUAUUUAUUUAUCAAGGUCUCUUUGGCAAGCCUGGGGCACCAGCCAAGGGUAGGAGGGUUGUGGGGCUGAUGUCCCAACUCCUUAUACCCCUGAGGGAGGGCAGGGGUCCCUGAGCUGUUCUUUGCCCUACUCUGAAGGAGUUGAGGCCUCAGCGGUUUUAUUUAUUGGGAGAGUGAGGGAGGGAGGAAAACUGACUGACUGACAGCCAUGGGUGGGUCAAGGGGGUGGUCCCUCCCCAAGGGGUUACUGCAGGGCUCCAGCGGCCCCCCAGGACGGAUGGGAGAUGGGAGAGGUGAGUGAGGGGCCUUCACCGACAGGGUGGGCAGGAGGGGUGGGUAAAGGGCCUACUUCCCUAGCCCAGCUCACGGGCCCCUCCUGUGGCAUUUGAAGUGCUUCCCUCCACUCCACUUCUUGCUCUGCUCCAUCCUCCAAUGUGCACUUUGAUUUGCCUUCCUAACAGCUCUGUUCUCUUCUGCUUUGGUUUUAAUAAAUGUUUUGAUGGUG